AUGGCGAUGCAUUUUGGUCUAAUACCGCCUCUCGUUGGAUUUAAACAGUGGAAAUGUAUCGGCAAACUGGAAAAAUUCAAGCAGAGGUAUCUCAACUACGAAAUAGCAACUGGCAUCAGCGAAAAAGAAGAUGCAACUCGAGUCGCAACAUUGCUAACCGUCAUAGGAAACGAAGCAUUGGAUGUCUACGACACGUUCGUGUGGGCUACAGUUGGAGAUGAUAAGAAGAUUGCUAAAGUUCUUGAAAAAUUCGAUGACCAUUGCGAGUCAAGAAAAAACGUAACCUAUGAAAGAUACAUAUUUUUCACCAGAGCACAAGAAACCAGUGAGACCAUUGAUCAGUAUGUCACAACAUUAAAGAAGCUUAGUGACACCUGUGAAUUUGGGACAUUAACGGACACUCUCAUCAAGGACAGAAUAGUCCUGGGAGUGAAAAAUCAGAAAAUUCGUGAGAGACUUCUUGGACAGCCAGACCUAACCCUUGACAAAGCACUUGAUUUGGUUAGAGCUGCAGAACGUACGGAAAUGCACAUCAAAGUAAUCAACGACGGGUCAGCGGUACAUGGUAUAAAUCACAAGAAAAGUAAAUUUAAUGAGAAAAAAACUCAAGAGGAAAACUCAAAGAAAUCCAAUCGACCAGAGAAACCUUUCACGUCUGAGGUGUUCAACUGUCGUAACUGUGGAGCUAAACACAAAAGAAAAGAAUGUCCUGCAUAUGGGAAAACGUGACAUCGCUGUCAUAAAUCGAAUAAUUUCAAAGCUAUGUGCAGAUCUAAAAAGAAUGUCAAUGCUGUAGAGCGACAAGAAGAUCAUACUUUGAAGAAACAUUGUUUGUAGGAGCAGUGACGUCAGAAGUUAAAAAUGAUGAAUGGUAUGUUGCAACGAAAAUCGAGAAGCAGAACACGAAGCUCAAAGUGGACACUGGUUCGCAGGUAAACAUUCUCAAUCUUAAUCAAUGAAAGAAGAUCAAGCCCCAACCAAUUCUCAAAGAAUCAACUCAUAAAUUAAUCAGUUACACUGGAAACAAUCUUGCUGUGUUAGGAACUACAGAACUAUGUGUAGAGUCAGAGACAAAUCAAUCUAGAAACUUAACUUUCUAUGUGGUAGACACAAGUUCUUUUGAGACUCAGAGCAGCCCAGGAACUCGGGUUGAUAAAAAUCGUGGGAAAUACCGGAGUAGACUCAACGACCAAGAAACCACCAGCACAUCUCAAAGAAGAAGUAUUCAAGAAACAUCAGAAAAUCUUCACUGGUUUGGGUCGUUUAGAGAGAGAGUACCACAUCGAAGUUGAUCCAACAAUGACACCGGUCAUUAUAAUCCUUCUAUAA